UCUAACAUCCCUACCCCAGAAUUCAAGAUGGAUUUAAGGAAAAUCUGUGGCAAACUCAACGAAUAUUUGUAUGGUGAUUACAGAAGAGAAAUUGAUAUUUUCAAGACUAACGCGCAAAUUGACAUUGAAAUAGCAACAUUAUUGGAGGCAGAGAAGGAGGUUAAACAGUCUAGGCGAAAUCUUAGAAGAGAAGUACAAAUUAUUUGCCCAUCAAAUGGCCCCACCAAGGAAGAAGAACUUGAAUUGAAGGAGUUGAAAAAAAUAUCUGAUCUAAAGAUGUAUGAAUUAGAGGAUUUUAAGCGGGAUUUUGAUACUAAGCCAUUCGUUGCUAUCGAAAUGACAGAUUGGAGUCUUGCGAAGAUUGAAGAUGGUAUCCGAAAUAGACAACUUGCUCUCCAGACUGUUCAGAAGGAAAUCUGUGAGGCUUCUGUAUUCCAAGUUGCAGGAAAUGAUAUGAAAGUCACAGUGCCAGAGAAAACUGCUACACUGACAAAAGUGUUAAAGGCCUCAAAAAUUGAUCCAUCUAAAAAGCUCCAUAAGACAAAUACUAAAAAAUCAAAACAUCGGAUCAAGUUCGGCAAGGAAAAGUCCAGGCGUGUAUCUAAGACUUCCAUGGACAAACUUGUUUCCAAGAUAAUCUGUGACAAGUCGAAGGGAAUAUCAACCAGCAGCAAUGAAAAAAACACAGAAGGAUACGAGUGCUAUACUAAAGAGAGAAAGAAUAUAGAAAUGUUCAAUAUACGACUUCAAGAAUUUCUUGACAUUCAUAAAAACACUCAAAAGUUUGUUAAAGUCUCUUCCAAGUCAAGGAAGAAACAUCGAUCAAACAAAAUGGUAAAAAUCAAUAACAGGACCCAAUCCAGUGUCAAACCCAAUGUAAAAACAAACAACAAUUAUGUGAAUAUGGUUGAAAUGGAACUGCCACACAAAUCCCUUCAUGACGGAAACCACAAUGAAGUUAAUGUGAAGAAUAAUAUGACUGAUGUUGCCGACAAUGAAUGUCAAAAGGAAACAAAGCUGCUGGAAGUGGAGGAAGAAAGUGAAAGGAUCCCCAGCCGUCUGUCAAUAGAGCAGGUUCAGGCUUACGUAGAUUCCUGUGAUCACGAACGAGCAGAAAAGCCAAGACUGGAAAAACUGAAGAAGAAAACUAGAAACAGAAUCUGGAAGUUACUAGAGUUUCCCUCUAGACAGAAAGGCACAGAUUGCGAGUUAACCUUGGAUUUUAGAAUGCAGCUGCAGUGUGAAGAAAGAAAUGAUGCUGUUAUUCUCAAAGAGCUGAGGCAACAUCCACUUAGUCAAGACAAAAGCGAGGUUGAUACCGCAAUUGAGUCAAUGUUGGAGAUUCUGAGUCAAGACAGAAAUGAAGCAGAUGCUGCCAGGUUGAUGAUGGUGAGACCACAGAGUCAAGACGAAAAUGACAUUAAUGGUGCAAUUGAGGCAAUGGUGGAGAUUCUGAGUCAGAGCAGGAGUGAUGAAAAUUCUGCUACUGAGUCGAUGAUGCAGCCUCUGAAUCAGGGUGGAAGUGAUGUAGAUGCUGCCCUAGAACCGAUGAUGCGGCCACAGAUUCAGGAGGGAAACAACGUUGAUGCUGAUCUUGAAUCAAUAGUGCAAGUUCUGAGUCACAACGGAAGUGACAAACAUUCUGUCACAGAACCGAUGGUGCAAUCACUAAGUCAGAAUAGAAGUGACAUACAUACUGCUAUCGAGUCAAGGAUGGAGCUGCUGAGUCAUUACGGAAGUGAAGAUUCUGCGACAGAGUCAAUGAUGCAGCCACAGGACGGAAGUGACAUAUAUGCUUUCUUGGAGCUGAUGGUGCAUCCAAAAAGUGGGGAUGGAAAUGAUGUAAAUGCUGCCCUUGAGCCGAUGGUGCAGCUUCUGAAUCAGAGUGGAAGUGAAGUAGAUUCUGACAGAGAAUCAAUGGAGCAGUCACCGAGUGAAAAUGAGAAUGAUGGAGAGGAAUUAGUGGUCCCGCCAUUACCCACACUUGAUCCCAUGCCUGUAUAUACUGACAAUUUCCAAUUCAGUUGUGUAUUGACUCGACUAUUUGCUGCAGGGAUGACGUUGAUGAGGACUUUGAACAAGAUUAUGUAA